AUGUGGAAAGUAUGUUAUCUAGUAGUUUUUCUACUGGUUGUUACAGUGGUGCUGGCUAUCCAACCCCUGUUUGCAAUGAGAUUGCCGGUGAAAGCACGAGAAAAUGGCGAUGAACGUGCCCAACAGUUUCGAGAGCAUGCGAUGUUCGCUGACCUACCGAAAGUAAAAUACGAUCAACGUAUGAAUGCAGAUCUUCUGGAGGAAUCAUACAAAUGGCAAGAAAACAAGAGAGCUGCGAUCCUGUGUCCAAGUGGAUCCUUUAUUGGGGAAAUAGGAUUUGCUUUCUCUGGAAUUAAGAAGUACUUUGGGAAUUCCAUGCAGCAUUUCAAACUAAACGAUCUUCCGGUAAUAGCGACGAGCAAUGAACGCGAAAUCGUCUUGAAGAGGCGCUCAACUGACAAACAAUCUAAAGGUUUCUGGAACUUGAACUCAGAUCCCGGAGACUACCUUUCAACUUGCGAUCCCGUCCUCUUCUGCCUUGGGCACCAGGCGUGCCUUUUCAAAAUCACCAUCGACACCUGUGCCAACGACCCGAUGCCAGGUCAGAGAAAACUGCUCGAGCUAAGAGUGAGUUGCGUGAAAGACGAAAUGUUUGCGAAAUACAUGCGUUUUAACACCGGCAACGCAAACACCGACUUUGACAUUACGGAGAGCGUUCGAAAAAGGCGAGACCAAGUUUUAUAUAUCUAUGUCAACGAUGAUAACACUGACGAUCAGGCUGUGUCGUUAGUGCAAGUGUAUAUUCCCGAGGAAGACAUUUUCGGAUUGACGUGCCCUGAAGACGCUUACAAGGCUGGAUAUGGUGGUGUGUGUAUGAAUCCUCCGCCUCCACAACUAGAUAUUGCAAACACGUUGUGGAAUGUUAUUGGAAGAGUUCCCAGUUCUGGAUGUAGAAAAGAAAUCUUGGAAUCUUACUGUUCUUACCAUUACAAUUUAGAUGGCGGGUGUGUACCACCGGUAUUACUACAACACCCCCAGGAUGGACAGUCUCUCUCAAUGACCGACAAACUUAAAUUUUCUUUCAAGAGUUUGCCAGAGCCCGGACACAGACCUGACUUAACAGAGCAUUUAAAACUAAUUUCCAGUCCAUAUGCAAGUCUAAUUCCAGCCAGAUUGGGAUUUGCAUUAAUUGUACAUGAGUACCCAGAUACUGUGAUCCAACUUUUGCAAGCUCUCUACCGACCACAUUUCUUUUUCUGUGUACAUGUUGAUCAGAGAGCAGAAGAGAUUCGACAAGACCUCAUAGAAAGGACCCAGUCUUAUAAGAACAUUCACAUAUUACCCAGGCAUAGGUCAUUUGUUGCAUCAUGGGGUUCAUAUGAGAUUGUAAGAGCAGAAUUGGAGUGUUUUGAAGAACUAUUACGAAUGGGAGCCUGGGACUUUGUUAUUAAUCUAAGUGGCGCUGAUUUACCAAUAAGGAAUGUAGAUGACGUGGCUGCAUUGCUGGCACCAGCUAGAGGUCACACAUUUCUUAGAAAGAAUGGAAGGUGGCGAGAUCGGGUACCAAAAGUCACCGACUUCACCGACUGGUAUAGCUGCGAUGCCCAUGUUUACAAUGCAUCCUAUAGAGGAGAGCGCCCUCAGUGGGCAGAUAUGCAUAGUGCAUCUCAGUGGGGGGUAUAUGCAAGAGAAUUUGUCUCAUUUAUUGUGUCUGAAGACCGUGGUCCAAACAAUAAUAAGCUCCAAUAUUUUGCACAAACUUGUAUUAUUCCUGAUGAAAGUUACAUGAUGUCAAAUCUCAUGAUAUCACAUCUUAGAGAUACUUAUCUUCCUGGUCAUCUACAUUUUCUGAAGAACUUUGACAGUCGAGAUGAAUUUGGAUUCUGUCGACAUACAGAUGAUAUUGAUUUUUGUGGACAGGGACCAGGAAUAUUUGAAAUAGCUGAUAUGGUAAAAAUUCAGGCCAGCUCUACUCACGCAAUGUUUGCAAGAAAGUUUGAUUAUGAUGUCACAAAUGAAGUACGGCAACAAACGCUACAGUGGGCAAAGUAUGGAUUCUACGAUAAUCUACAAGCGGUCCUUGGAAAAGACAUUUUAAUUGAUUUGGUUGAAGUGACUUUAGCUCAUCGCUAUGGCAGCCUAUGGAAGCAGAAAGUCAAGUUUGAAGGGAUAAAGAAAUGGAGACUUUUUCCUCAGUUUUAUCAUAGCAACGCUUGUUGUCGACCUUUAUUUAGUACAAGAAAUGCUGUUGUACAUGAAGUUAGAUACUGGCUUGAUUUGAAAGUGAUCGAGUUUGAUGGCAGCAUUAAUGGCACAGCAAAAUUACUUCGAUCUUCUGUGAUUCCUAAGGCACAUUCAGAAUGUUUUAGUGAUGGUCACCUGAGGGCGCUGCAGUUAUCUACUGUCGUGAAAGCUGCUGGUAAAGGCGGAUGGACCGUUGGAUCUGUGAUGGAGAAGGUGGCACAGACAUUUGUGCCAUAUGAUGUUUCAUCCACUGAUACCAUAUACGUGAACGCUUUGUUUCGGAUUCCCAGGAAUGAAGACGAGGAUGGUCGUAAUCUAGCGUGCAGUGAUGAAAACACCUUGAAACGCUAUGGAGUCAAUCCACGCAAUAAAAACUACAACUAUGCCAGGUUUCCUCUAAUUGGAACGGAAACCCUAGAUUUUAAUGCUACCCUUAUUGAGCCAUCUGGCAAAGCACGGUGUAUGAGAACUAUGAAGUUUACACACAGCAGAGCGGCGCCCGAAAAGGAAACACUUGGCAAAAAAACUAAAGCUCCACCCGACACCACAACAUUCACCAAUUCAUUCUCUCACUGUGGAUACAUUGAAGAAGGUUUAUGGACGUUAAGUUUCACCCAGCAAGGAGUAUCUGAUCCAUUUCAGUACAGAGCAAGUGUUUAUAUCGUUCGUGCUACAGAUGUAAAAACAGUGAAAAAUACACCUUUAAGUUUAUGGCAUGUUGAAGAGAUCACCAGACUACCUGAAAGUGGUGAAUUUUAUGACGUUGACACAAGCCUUGAACCCUUUGAAGAUUUUUAUGGCAAUGAUGUUGCAGUAGCCAACAUGCCAGGAGAUGAUAACUAUGGAAAUGAGGGAGGAGUUCAUAUCUUGAAAAGAAAUUAUUUACAUAAAAUGCCAAAUGAAGACAUUGCAAACAAUCCAGAUACUUGGGUGCGGCGGGCAAUGGAAUUUUAG